UAGUUGGGAACAUCGCGUUUAUCGGACUAUCUCGUUCUUCUACACUGCGCAGAUCCAUUAUACCUCACUAGUCCAAAGCUCUGGCUAUGCUGGUUCUGCACUGCGCAACUGACAAACCAGAGCGAAUGAGAGUGAGCGAGGAACAGUUGGUCUGUUCAGUCUGUUGGUUUAGACUUCAUUCGGUGUCUGUUCGUUAAGUUGUCAGCACUUCGCUCGGCGGCUGGCCGCGCGCCGUCCGACUUAGUAGUCGUGCGCUAACACCGUAAUCAACUGUUAUCGCGAUCGCGUAUCCUACCGCAAAUACCACAAAUUCCACCUAUAAACGAAAUAAAUGUGAGACAGACUGAGUCUCGUUAAUAUCAGUCGAAAAUAUCCUUGCUAUUAUUUAUAAUUUUGCAAAAUGUUACAAUGAUUUCAACUUUUUGGAGUUGUUUAUGUAAGAUAAAUCUCUCGUCGUCGUUACGAUCUCGGCGUUUUCGUCUGUGAGACUUUAAACCUAAUAGUCUUUUAGAACUUUCAAUAUAGACCGAAAUAUGCAAAGAUGUGGUUUAUGCUCAGUGUUGUCUGGGCUGCUAAGGCGUGCAAUGUGUGUCGGUAGCAGAAGAGGCAGCAGUGAAUCGUACUACAGAGAGUUGGGCGACCAAGAUACGCUGAAAAUCGAGGACAAGUCCUCAGACUUGUCAGAUGAAGCAGAGGAGGAGACCAGUCUUUGCAACCAGAACAGCCCAAGGGCAAGCCCGCGGUCUUCACCGCGGGUCAGCCCGCGGACAUCACCGCGGGUUUCCCCGCGGACAUCACCCGGACCUUCACAGAAAAUUUCACCGCGAACGUCCCCGAGACCUUCCCGGCGAAUGUCCCCGAAGACCUCCCCCCGGUCAACUCGGCGGACGUCACCGCGACCAUCUACGCGGCCGUUCCGGAGGACCUCCCCGCCAACAUAUUCGCGCGUUUUUAGGUGGACCUCUCCGAGGAUAUCACCUCAGUCAACCCCAAGAACGUCUCCGCGGACGUCCCGAAGGGCGUCCCGGCUUUCACAGUCGGACAGUCAACAGGACGAAGAAAAGGCUCCAGAUUCGAACAACAAAUUUAAGAAUAUUUCUGCGGGCCGCUUCUUAACAAUGCACAAAAGACGAAAGAAACGUUUAAUUACACGUUCUCUGUAUAUCGAAAAGGCCCUGUUAGAUGAUCUUUCGAUCGGCCAGGUACAGUGUAUCCUCAACAACUCUUAUAAGUGGAAGUUCAACGCUUUCACCCUGGAAAACGUGUCUGGAGGGAGAUGUCUGCCGGUAUUAUGCGUGCAUCUCUUCCAGAUGUACGGCCUCCUGGCUCAUUUCAACCUGGACGCGGCUAAGGCUUGGAAGCUGUUCAGUUUGAUCGAGGAGGGGUAUCACAGCACGAACCCCUAUCACAACUCGAUUCACGCAGCCGAUGUCACACAGGCGAUGCACUGCUUCCUGCAACAGAAACGGAUUCGUGACCACUUGACUCCAUUGGAAAUAAUGGGGUCGUUACUGGCGGCCAUAGCCCACGAUUUGGACCACCCGGGAGUGAACCAACCAUUCCUCAUUGCGACCUCUAACCAUCUCGCCGCAUUAUACAAGAACACUUCGGUGUUAGAGAACCACCACUGGCGCUCGGCGAUGAGCUGCCUCAUUGAGAGCGGCCUCCUGGACCAGCUGCCAUCCAGCCUCGGACUCCGCGCCGCGCUGGAGAAACAGAUCAGCUCCCUGAUCCUUGCCACCGAUAUAACAAGACAACAAGAGUAUUUGAACCACUUUAAGAGGCACCUAGACAUGAACACUUUGGACAUGAGGAAGAGUGAGCAUCGGCACCUUGUCCUACAAAUUGCCCUGAAGUGCGCAGACAUUUCUAAUCCCUGUCGUCCAUGGGAAAUUAGUAGGAAAUGGAGCCUCAAAGUAUGUGAAGAAUUCUUCCGCCAAGGGGAUUAUGAAAGAAAACUGAACCUGCCGGUAACGGCUCUAUGUGAUAGACACACCACGUCUAUACCGAAAAUUCAAACUGGCUUUUUCAAGUUCGUCGUGACCCCGCUAAUAAGCGAGUGGCACCGAUUUUUACAGAACGAGCUGUCUUCUCAAAUGCUGAAUAAUCUCACGUAUAAUCAAAAGAAAUGGGAGACACUGGUUUUGGAAGAACAAGCACAGGAAACCCGCACUGAAAUAUCGGACGCAGACGCUGCAGAUGAUGACCUAGACUCCAGUUCAGAUACUAACAUGUCGGACAGCUCCGAGUUACUCCUGCCGCCGCGCAGGUGCUCCCUUAAUCCCAUCAGACAAAACACAUUCAAAGACCAGCUGCGGCGGUUCUCAGUGCCUCUAAAUGUAUUUCAAGACAGCAAAUUUAGGAACCGCGAAAGAGAAAAAAGUCGCGCUUCGUCACUGGCUGAACCUCGUCCCCGCUGCAGCCGCAGCCCCGCGCCCAGCGAGCCAUCCUUACACUCGCAGCUCAGCGUGCGCGGACAUUGCGAACCGUCACAGGAACCAACAGAGAGGGUUUUAAGCUCCGAAAAGCUCCUCCCGGACUCUUCCAUAGCAUCUAUCACCACGCCGGUGCAGGCCACUCGCCUCAACACAGUGCUCAAAGAAGGUGGCUCCUGGAAGUUGGUUCGCCAGCAAACUUUUCCACCCAUCGAGUCAACAUCUCGAGAAUAUUCUCUCGCGUCGCGACCUAUCUGCACCAGUAAUGAGGAUAGUAUAUUUUUGAAUCGGGUAAGACCUGACUUUCUUCAAUUUGAUCAAGGACCAUCGCAGAGAGACUCAAAAGGGCACCAAUUAGUUGUGAGAGAAAGUAAGACUGAGGACAGUUCCGAAUCCAGUGCAGAAGCAUUAGAACCUCCGCGUUUACAGAAAGAGAAUUCGGAACCCCAGAAGCCAAGCAAGAAAGAAUCCGCCACGGUAGGCAGUCAACUACGUGACAACCUGGCGUCGAUGCCACUGCCGCCGCUUGAGUCAGACCCGCUGCUGCAGCGGCGGAGGAAAUCUAUGCCGGCUGAUGUGUUUCCAUUUACGCCAAAGGAAAGGAAAACACGCGAAGUGCCAGCAGCCUUUCCUCAAUACAUGCACCGUACGUUCUCGGAAAAGGAGUCCUGGACGAGACGCCGAGGGUCUGCUCCGUUGCCAGUGGCGCCAUCGGAACUGCGGGGGCUGGCGUCACUGGGGUCGCCGCGGCACAGCGUGAAUGGGGGUCGCAGGAAACCGAACCCCAUAGUGAGUUGUCAGCAGUGGCUCGCAAAAGCCACAGUCAGUAUACAGGAACGCCGGCUCCAAAAGUUUCCCCGGCGGAGCUCACUUCCAGUCGAGGUGAUGACAGGUAUUUCAUCUCACUGACAACACAUAGUAUUCGCUUGAGCCCAGAGGGGCUCAUUCACAAGAUUCAUUCGAGGACGAUAUUUCGGACCUUACAUUCAACAACUAUGAUGCCGAUGACGAGGAACUGGACGACGACAGUUCCUUCGACAAUGACUAUACUAGCCAAUUCCACGAGAAUUUAAUUUUUGAGAAUUCUGAUGAUCUAAACGAUGAUUUAGAUGAGGAUGGCGAUGACGAUGAGGACGACGAUACGAAUGAACUGAUCAACCUGCCAUUCGUGUCACGCCAUCGUGCGUCUUCUAUAUAGACGAUCUCUGCAGCUCUAUCCGUCUUGUGUGGUUCAAUCGUACAUAGCAACGUGAGUGUGGCCGCAGCAGACUGUAGUCACCGGACUGUGAUUUAAAGUGAAGUGUGUGAAGUUAGGAGUGUGUCGGUCACACCCCCGCGUACUGAGUGUACUCAAGUUGAACUUAUUAACCCACAGAUGGCGCUAAACUACUGAAUAUAUUUGUAAGCAUUGUCUAUACGCUUAGUAGUUAUAAUAUCUUGGACAUAAAAAAGAAUACGAAUUACAUAUAUAAAAAAAUAGUUUUAAUAAUUUUACAAAAUAUCUAUAGAGUAAGUGAAAAAUAUCUUAAAAAUACAAUUUUAAAUGUUCUAAUAAUAUUGUUAAGAAAUUGAUAAUUUCCCCUUCCAUUGCGCCUUUCAAUCAACAUUAUAAAUAUACGACUAAACAAUUCGCGCAAUGGAAAGUGAACAUUUCAAAUAGAUGUCUCAUAGCUCAAAUACGGUAUUCGUAACAUUUCAUCUUAGAUUUGUUGCAGUUAUUGUAAUAGAUAGAUAUUGUAAAUAGAAUCAGAUCACUUUUACUUUAAGUGUUAUUUGAAGUAGCUACAUUUGGUUCUUUAUGCCACCGAAUGCAGAAUACCCAAUCAUAACUACAUAUACUAUCGCUGUCCCAUGCUAUGUAUGUCUAAAUACGAACAUUGUUUUGCAAACCCGCAGUACAAAUAAUUUCUAUAGAAUAAUAUUGUUAUUUUUAAAACAUAGUUGUAUAAUAGAUAGAUUUCGAUAUGGUAAUCGUCUCAUAGCUUAAUUUAAACUACUAUCUUGCUUUAAAUUAUAACAGAAUUUAUGUUUCGCCUAAUUUAUAAAAGUACACACAUUAUUAUUGUUAUUAUACCAAAAAUAUAAUUAUCCUAUUUUAUGAAAUGAUUGGGAAUAUAAAUCUUAUAUUUGAAGGAUUAGAGUCUCAUUAACAAUAACUUUUAUUAUUUCAAAAGUUAUAUAGUCAUAGUAUUUAAGUACUUAGUAGUUUUUAAGAUGGAAAUGAAAAGUGGUAGUCGCUCUUUUUGGGCGUGACACGCGCGGGAGUCGGGGGUAGUGUGGAUAGCAAAUGUUCAGUAUUAUAAGGAGACGGCGUUGGAUUCGUUUCUGGUGGUCACAAUCUAUGUAGCUAGUGUCAGAUCCUCCAGGGGCCUUAGUCUGCUAUUACAAUUGUGUUACAAUAGUCAAUCAUUGAGCAAUGCAAGAGGGAUGGAGUUAUACAACCUACAUAGCUGCGUCCCUCUUGCACUGCUCAGUGAUCGACCAUUCUGACACAAUUGUAAUAGCAGACUAAGGCCCCAGCUUGCAGUUAGUCAAUACACUAUACUUAGUAACAUUGCAAAAUGCUUCAUGUAAAUUGUUCUAUGUUUGAUCCUUGAUCAUCAGAAACGGGGCGUGGUGUGGACAAUUCGUGAAAUAUAUUUUAUUACUAAAGUAUUCGAUACUUUUAUUACUUAUGUACGUUGAUUUGUAUAUUAUGUUACUUUAAAGAUAUUAUUGUUAAGUCAGAUUUAGGUUAAAUUCGACGGUGAAUUUUAUUUGUUCGGAAUUAUUUUUAGAAAAUAUAUUUUUUGUGUAUAGUUCUAUUUGUUCCAAAGAUCUUUCAUGGUUGUCCACGUGUAAUUUGGCGCAGAAGCGUGUGCUGUCACAAAUCGGGCCUGUAAGUGAGCGUUACAGAUUUAUAAUAGAUUGUAAAAUAUUUGAACAACAGCAGAUUACAACAUAUGUUAUGUUGAAACAGUGUCAUAAUUAUUUCAGUAAAUUGAUUGAUGUUUGUGUGUAGCGGCAGGCCCGUACAUCUUGUGGUCGCUAGAGGUCGUGGUAUAUGCGUGAUUUAAUAUUUAUUUUGCUAAUAUUCAAUUGGAGGCAGACACGAGCGAGCUUAUUAUCAACAAACUAUAAACAAGCAGUAAUGCAGCGAUGCUACGUUGCACUGCAAGAUUAUAUAUUCGUACUAUAGGAGCAGGCAUUAUAAGGUAUGCUAGGAAAAUGAGCCUAGGGUUAGAGGUUGAAGGUACGAAUUAAGAUCAGAGGACUCUGUACAUAUUUCAGAGCUUAGCUCGCGAAGGAUAGUUUUUUUUAUUAUUAUUGUCUUUUGGAUGAUUUGGACGAUAUAAGGACUUGAUCAUCACAGUACACACAUACGUGUGUGUCAGUAAAUCAUCAAGGAAUGUUCCUUUAUGUUUCUGUAGUAGACCUCUAGUGUAUAAAGGCGAUGUAGUUCCAUUGUACAUGUUAAAUGACGUUUCGCUAAAUGUUAAUCUGUUAAUUUAUUACGUGGUUAUUGUCCCGGGUAGAUGUAUCGAUGGAGUGGUGCGUUCUACGUGCAAUGUGGAGAAGCCAGGAUCCAACUGUGAAAUGACGAAAUACGAUCAUACUUAAUGUGUAGUUUUAGUGGCCAUAUGAGAUCCUACAUUAAUUCUUUCGUCAUUUCAUGUACAUGUUAGGUGUUAAGAUGUGUUAGCGUUACAUACGAGUUGGUCUUAUUUCGUUCAAUAGUUACUGCCACGCCCGCUGUGACACGUCUGUCUGUCGUAUCUAUAAUAAUAUGUAAUAUGUAUUAUGGAGCAUAAUAUUAGGCAGAGUACCUACAAACAUAAGUACAACAAUGGUAGUUAAAACUUUUAAUAAAAACAUGACACGUGUAAUAUAUAAAUAAUUGUGUACCUAGGUAAUAAUUCGUAAUGAUCGGCUGCCCUCGUCACUGAGGAGCAUAUUUCACAUUGUUCCACAUUUCUUAAAUUAAGUAGUAGUUAGAAUAUGUCCGUAACGAGUCGACAGCGGGGACAUGCUUCUGGUCUUGUUUCUCAAUGGUUCUGUAGCUAAACUGUGUAAAUAGAUUGAAAGUAUGUGCUCAAUAAUAACUUCACUAGUAUUAUCCUGGGGGGAUUUUCCUUGGAAUUUUGGUUGCACAACACUAUCUACUAUAUGUAAUAUAAGGACAUGAUAAUAUAUAUUGCCCCGAGUCUGCUGUGUAAGCGGCUGUAGGUAACUUGUAACUAGUCUUGUAUUUCUCGUUGAUGUCGGGCGGACGCCUGUAUAAUAUGUGUAUAGUAGUGGCCAUCGAGGUCUGCCGCGGCGCCUGGUAAGGGCGACCCAUUGCCUAUCUCUCACAGUUCUGUCUCAAAUUUGGUGUUUAGAUAAUUUAAAAAAUGAGAAGGUUACCGUUUUUCUUUCACCAAUGGCCUAAUGGGGGGAAAAACAAAAUUUUGACAUUAGUGCCAUCUGGUGAGGAAAAAUACAGUAGCCCCCAUUGUAUCGAGUUAUACAGCUACGGCUAUGACGUCACAAUAUCUUAGUUAAUAAUGUUUUAAAGUUAUCUGAUGUAUGUACAAUAGAUGAAUGUCCUGUUUCCCUUUAGGCCGGUGUCGUGGACCUGCUUUACCCGACCCUCGACAGGUUUAUAGUUCAACCACAGUAAUCAGCUGCUCAUUAUAUUUAUAAAAAAGGAAAUGAGUUUGUUAGUCCUCAUAAAACUCAAGAAAUUGGAUGUUGGAAUGUCAAGUCUUGAAUAUGAAGUUUGGAAACAUGAGAGAAGUUUUAAAAUUGAGGUAAUAAGAAUGAAAAUUGAGGGUAUACACAGAUUUAUUGCUCUGUCGUGAAAUUCCGAACAAUAACAACAGUUGUACAAGUUGCAUUCUGUGGUCUAAUUAUAAACAAAUUAUAUAUAUUUCUUCACUGUAAAGUAGGGUUCCAUUAGGCGACAAUAUCUUGUAUGUAGCGUAUACAAUAUCAAAUACAUCACAAUAUUAUUAUAAUAAUCACAAAUAUAUGUAUUUAAGUGUGAUGUUAGUAGUAAACUUCUCAAUUGUGAUGUUUCUUGUAUCUUUUACAAAAUAAUAUAUCGUAAUGUUAGCGAGUAAACGUUUUUUAGUAUUAUAAAUAACAAAAAAAUGUAAAAGUAGGUGUCAAUAUGUCAGUAGUCACAAUUAUAAUAAUUAUCCUGUCUUACUUAUUAGUCGCGUUCGCUGGAAACCCUGCUUUAUGCUGUCUCUGUCUUGUAUUAAGACGUAAUUUGUUCCCACGAUAAUUUCGAAUGUAGCUCAAUAUUACAUGUUUAUGCAUAUAUGUAUAAUAUUAUACUAACACAAAUAAUUAAGUAGACAAAUAAUUUUAAUUUUUGCUGACUUGUUUAGCACGUCAGUAUACUACAGCAGCACCCAAUGAUAGCGUUUGGCUAAAUAGUAUUAACAACAACAUUAACGAUGCACAAUACGCUGCGCAAACAAAUGUAACAAUCUUAAGUUAAAACUAUAUUUUCAAAUAUGGAUGUUGUACUUAAAAAUGUUUUCGAAAUAAAUGUUUUUUUUUUUUAAUUUGUUUUCUUUUUAUUUUCUUCUUUUCUUUAUCUCAUUUAUAGCUUGCUAAAAAUGAGCUUUAAAUUUUAUAAAACAGUUAUGGAAAGCAGGAGUAAGCCUUUUCGAAUUUACAACUUUUACAAUAUAUAUGUGUAAGGGAAGAGUAACUAACGACUUGUAUUGUAGGUACGAUUGAAAACAUAAUGAAGACUGUGAAAUUAAUUUGAUAUUAAUAUUCGGUAGAAGGUACCUGUAUGUAUGAGGUAUAUAUAUAUAUGUAUAUCUAUCUAUAUAAUAUGUAUGUAUGUAAUGGAAAAUUGGUAGCGUUUCAGUACUAUACUGUUGUAACUCUGUGUACUAUCACUAAACCUAAUAUUUUGUCGAGGUUCGAUGUAUACCUACUAAAUGUGACCUACCCUUUUAUGUGAAAUAAAAUUCUAUGUGACAGA